AUGUCAGACACAACUACUCUUGCACUACAAAGCAUGGCCUCACAAAGCCCUGAUCACUAUGGUCCUUGCAGUGUAACCCUGGCAUCACUGGAGGCUAUAUUUGAGAGGUUCUGGGCUCGACUUAAAGACAGUCUGGCAGCAACUGGGGGAGACUCAGACCAGAAGAGUCCCCUCCGGACAAAGCUACCACAAGGUUGCAAUAUCCAAUCUUUACUUGCCUGCUUGAGUUUACCCCCACCCACACCGCCUGUCCACAAAAACAGAGGACCGCCUGCUGGAAUUACAAGGGGUAUUAUGGCUGUAAC